ACGAUGUUUGUUUGUUUCAAAGUUGUUUUUAAACUAGUUUUCUAUGACAAUGUUCUCAGACCUGGAGCAGCGUCAGUCCCUAAGUUUGCAAAAGGUUCCAUCCGCAUUAGUACACAACCAUUCGCCUGAAGACCUGAGAUGACAGACAUUUCAUCAUGGCAUCCACCCAGGAAGUUGACUGUUUCCAUGACAACACUGAAGAAGAGGAGGAGGAUAAUUUUGUUGUUGAUGUCGAGUGGAGUAAACUGAAGGCUUCCCACAUGAAGGAGGGCUACAGAGAUGGUUACAGUGCAGGACAAGAGGCAGUCUUACAAGACGCAUUCAAUAGAGGAUUUGCCCAUCAUGUCCAACUGGAAACCUCUGCAUCAUUCUAUAAGGGAAUUCUUUGGGCAUUGAAGACAUUUGCAGAGCGAUCUAGAACUUCCAAAACCCCACCAACAUUGAGCCUGAGUGCCAGUGAUGAAUCAAGAAUAGCAUCACUGCUAGAAGAACUCAGAAUUAUUUCUGGAGGAAAUGACUCAAUAAGUGAGAAUACAAACUCAACUGAUGUUGAUGAAGAAGAUAAAACUGAUGUUGUUUCAGAAAACCGUCUCUCACAAAAUCCAGAGGGCAGCAUUGUAAGUGAUCAAGCAUCACAUUGUAAUCCUGCUGGGUGUGUUUGUCUCUCAGCUGAUUCAGAUGGAGAAGCAUCACAUGGUGGGACUUCAAAGCCAAAAAGUUUGCAUGAAGGAACAUUUGAAUACGGUGGUCAGCACUCUGAUAAAAUGAAAGAAGUUGCUGGUAAUUGUAAGGAUUUACUGAAAGAAUUAGGUCUUGAAAAAAUGCUGCACCUACUUCCCUCAAAAAGGUGUUUACUCAAGUAAACUCUGAAAUCAAAUUCCCUGUUUUCAAGAAUAGGGGAACCAAAUUCACAAAUUAUUCAGAAACAUGCAGAUAUUCUAGAUUUUUUUCUGACUCCCAGAUUUAUUCCUCGUAGAACACUGCAGCAAAAUACUAAGAUUAGUUAAUAUAUUCAAUACUAUAGUCGUACAUGUUUACAGAAUAUUUCGAAGUGUCAGAUUUGUGGUUAAAAUAAUUUACGAUGAUAAAAACCAAAUUGUGAUUUAUAUGCAAGAGAAGCUCUUAGUAUGUUUAUAAUAUUAAAAUACUCUUAAUACGCAAUUCCAGUACAAUUUCUGUCGCCUUCUCCAGUUAAGAAAUCUUGUGAUGUACUCUAAAAUUGAGUUAUUUAUACUUUUAAAAACUACAAGGAACAAAAAUGCCCCUUUAAAUAAUGCAUUGAAAUUAACUCUACAUUUUGUACAGUAUAUCAAUCAGAAUUUAUCUUUAGGUGCUAUUUUGUUCUAAUACAUUAUACCAACACUGGUGGCCAAAGAAAUUUUAGUUCUCCAUUGACAAAGACAAUCUGGCAACAGUCAACACAUAUUAUGAGUUAUGCCAAGUUUGACAAAAUCCAGUGUUGGGCAAGUUUUGAUUGUUGAUGGAGGUAGCAAACUUUUUGAGUACGCUGGUCAAUUGUGGAAGAUUUUGGGCUUCAACAUUGCACAAUGUAUGUGUAUGUACAUGUGCACGUAUACAGCCCUGACAUUUGGUUAACAAUAAACAUAAAUACUAAUAUAAAUAAAAUCAUGGAAAACGGCUAGAAAUAAAAUGCAUCCCAUCUAUCUCAUGGUCGUUAAAGGGUUUAAUAUGUCACCUUAAAUUCACAAGUAACUUGUAAUUAGCAUGUAACUCAUUACACAUAUUUUAGAAUUACACUGUAAAUAUUAAAAUAUCAAAUUUCA